UGUGUUAAAAACCCAGAAAGUAAACCCCUCCUCUCUUUCCAUUGAACAUGAAGAAAAUGGUGACAUCUUCUUGGAUUUUCCCCCCUGUUUCCUGCCUCAUUUAUCUUCUUCUCCUCUACCUCUAAACCAUUUCUUCAAACAAAAUCUUGCUUUAACUUUUCUUGAAUUUUCCUUUUUUAUAUUUAUGGGGGCUGGUGUUUCUGGUCUUGCGGCAGACGCUCAAAGGGGUUUUGGACUGAAGCCUGGUCUUGAUGAUGUGCCAGAAAGUUGUAUAUCAUCUAUUUUUAUGUACUUGGAUCCACCGGAGAUUUGCAAGUUAGCGAGCUUGAGCAGGGCUUUCCGUGGAGCUUCUUUGGCUGAUUUUGUGUGGGAAACAAAGCUGCCAUCAAACUAUAGGUAUCUGGUUAAGAAGGUUCUUAAUCAAAGUCCAGAGUCUUUGAGCAAGAAAGAGACUUAUGCAAGAUUGUGCAGACCGAAUCGUUUUGAUGGUGGCACCAAGGAAGUGUGGUUGGAUAAAAGUAGCGGUAAGCUUUGCUUGUCAGUAUCCUCCAAGGCACUGAAAAUAACAGGGAUAGAUGAUCGGAGAUAUUGGAAUCACAUUCCAACAGAAGAAUCUAGAUUCGAGACAGUGGCAUAUCUUCAACAAAUAUGGUGGUUUGAACUGGUUGGAGAAUUAGAGUUUGAAUUUCCUCCAGGGGCAUAUAGUCUAUUCUUCAGGCUGCAGCUAGGCAAAGCCUCGAAAAGAUUUGGCCGACGGGUCUGUAACCUUGAUCAGGUUCACGGUUGGAAUAUCAAGCCUGUCCGAUUUCAACUUUCAACAUCCAAUGGUCAGCAAGCCUCAUCAGAAUGUUACCUGUACGAACCAGGGAACUGGGUUCAUUACCAUGUGGGUGAUUUUGGGAUUGAGAAUUCAAAUUCCGCAACAAAAAUCAAAUUUUCCAUGAUGCAGAUCGAUUGUACACAUACAAAAGGAGGUCUUUGUGUAGAUUCUGUGUUGAUAUACCCCACUGAGUUUAGGCAGAGAUUGAAGUAAUUAUUUCUAGGUAGAUGAUAAUAAUUAAAUAUAUGUUACAUUAAAAUGGAGCAGUUCAAACAGAAAUGUGGCUUGGUUUUUCUUUUUGGUCCACAAAGAUGUGAUUUGCAUGCGUGCAUUUUCAUGUUCUUUUGUUUCAAAAUGUCCUUGUAGCUAGGUUUUUCUUAUUGUUUAUGCUCUUUUGUUCUGUUCUCUUUGUAUAGUAAAUUUGAGAGUAUGUGUUUGCUGGGUUAGCCCAUAUUUAUUCAUUGAAAAUACAAUGUUACAUCUUUAAA